CACAGGGUGGAUGUGGUUCCCUGCACCACGGAGGUGCAUGCUCUGCGAUACUGCCAAACUUCCUGCCCAUGCCGGCUCUCCCUGGCCCUCACAACACCCCAGUGCCUGCAGGGGUGGACAGGAUCCAGCCCCUGGAGAGAGAUGGCUUUGGAAUGACACGAUCACUCCCGCUGAGCAGGCAGCCAGAGAGCCAUCGGGGAUGUCGUGUCUUUCCAAAGCUCUUUCGGCGCCUCCGAGAGCUCUCCCCAGGCCACUGCGCUGCCAGGCCCACGUGGGCGGCCUGCAGGGACGCUCUGGGGAUGUGGACGAAUCCAGCCUGGAUCCACCUUGUGUGGUGACACAAGGUCCAGCAAGUCCCCCUGGCUGGGCAGGGGUCCUGGGCAGCUCCUGCCCUGCGGACAGUCAGCAGUUGGUCUGGUGUGAGCAGCGAUUCUCAGAUCACCUCUUGGCUGUGGGUGGUGCAGGGAGCACCCCACCAUGGCACGCCUGGGGGACGUGUUCUCACUCCUGCCCUGGGGCUGCAGAUUCUCACUGGCUGUGGGCUGCAGAGCUGCCUGAGGAGCCCCAAAACGAGUUGUUGCAUUCCUGGAAGAGCACAUGCAGCAGGAUCUGCCCUUGCCCUGCUUCCCCCCCCGCCCCCCCUCGCUGUUCCCCCAUGCACACAAGCCCUGGAGGAACCGGUUUGGGCCCUGCGGGCAGAGCUCCUUCCACCCCCUCCCUUCCUCCACGGGGAGGGCAGGAAGGGCACAGCACAGAGGGAGGUCCCUCGCUCUGUGCUGUGGUGGGUUUUGGUGCUUCCUGCUCCCUGUCUGUCAGGCUUGGUGCCGUGGGGCUGGGGGUUUGCUGGGCCCUUGCCCUGUCCCCAGUUCAGCAGCCAUUUGCACACUUGUCAGGGAGCUGGCCAGCAGUGUGAGCUCUCUGUCAGAUCUGUGCUCCAAGCAUUGCUGUGGAGCAGCUCAGCUCUGCACAUGUAAUCAAGACCACGAUGGCGUGAUCUAAUCGCUUCCACUUCCUUCUUCCUGGGGCUGAUAAGUGAGACACUGCUCAUGUGCUGGACAGGCAAGCUGCCCACUGGGGCAGGCCUGGAGAACGUCGCAGGGUGUGCACCCACAGCUGCUCAUUGCUUUGCCAUGCAGAGCCCGUGCCGGGAGCACAUGGGUGCUGCUGGGGUUCCUCAGCCAUCUUGUCACAGCCUGGCCAAGCCCUGGGGCUCUUGGUGGACAGGCUGGAUUGGCCAGCCAGGGUCUACCAGUGACACCCUGCCCACAGCUGGGGUCUGCCUCACACACUCCAGCCCAUCCAAGCCUCCCUUCCCACCAUAGUUUAGGCUCCCGAACCUACUCCUAGGGCCCCUCGUUGUCCCCAGUAGCCCAGGGAUCAGCAGGUUGUGCUCUGGGUUGGGCCAUGCCUGCAGCUGCACUGCACUCG